AUGGAAAGAAACCGUGGCGAAAGUAGGGCAAGAUCAUCGGGACUCGAAGAAGGAGCAAGAAACUUGGAGGAGAUCAACUUGACCAAUAACAAUGAGUUGGAGAGGAAGAAGGUGGCUGUAGAGGAGGCUUUCCUCAACACGGAGGUGCCGCCAUGGAAGAAGCAGAUCACGGUUAGGGCGAUGGUGACGAGCUUCUUAUUGAGCGUGGCCUUUAACUUCAUCGUCUGCAAGCUCAACCUCACCACCGGCGUCAUUCCCUCGCUCAAUGUGGCGGCCGGCUUGUUGGGCUUCGCCGUGGUUAAGGGCUACACCUCUCUGCUUCAAAGGGCGGGUCUCUUGAAACAGCCUUUCACUCGCCAAGAAAACACUGUUAUCCAAACUUGUGUUGUUGCCUCCUCUGGAAUCGCUUUUAGUAGUGGCACUGCUAGUUAUCUACUGGCAAUGAGUAGGAACAUAGCUGCUCAAGGAGAUGAAGGUAACACUCCAAUCAACGUCAAGAAUCUCUCUCUUGGCUGGAUGAUUGCAUUUCUCUUUGUUGUCAGCUUUGUUGGUUUGUUCUCUAUUAUGCCCCUUAGAAAGGUGAUGAUUAUGAAGUACAAGUUAACGUAUCCAAGUGGAACUGCAACAGCAUAUCUUAUCAACAGCUUUCACACACCCAAAGGAGCCAAGCUUGCAAAGAAGCAGGUUUCGGUUCUUUUUAAGAUGUUCUGUUGUAGUUUUGUGUCUGCAUUUUUUCAGUGGUUUUUUGCAGCCUCUGAAGGCUGUGGAUUUUCUAAUUUUCCAACAUUCGGCCUCCAAGCCUAUGCGCAGAGGUUCUACUUUGAUUUUUCAUUGACAUAUGUUGGUGUUGGAUUAAUUUGCCCAUACAUGGUAAAUGCAUCUUUGCUUAUUGGAGCUAUUAUUUCAUGGGCAAUCAUGUGGCCUUUAAUUGAAUUAAACAAAGGUGUUUGGUAUGGUGCUGACUUAUCUCCUAACAGUCUCCACGGCAUCCAAGGAUAUAGGGUUUUCAUUGCCAUUGCUAUGAUGCUUGGAGACGGUAUAUUCCACAUCUUUUACAUGUUAUAUAAGACAAUAAACAGCCUAGUAAAACACGAGUACUCAAAAAAGAAAGAAGAGGAAGAAGAAGAAGAAGAAGAAGAAGCAAUAACCUCCGGCCUUGGAAACUCCUCCUCCGCCGCCGCCGUGGAAAAACUACCGGAAAACUACGACGAGCAAAGGCGAAAUGAGUACUUCUUAAAGGACCAAAUCCCCACUUGGCAAGCCUUCCUCGGCUACGACAUCCUUGCCGCCAUAUCCAUCCUCGUCGUGCCCUUCAUCUUCCCCCAGCUCAAGUGGUACCACGUCCUCAUCGCCUACUUCAUCGCACCCCUUCUCGCCUUCUGCAACGCCUACGGCUGCGGCCUCACCGACUGGUCUCUCGCCUCCAACUACGGCAAGUUCGCCAUCAUCAUAUUCAGCGCCUGGGUUGGCCUGGACAAGGGUGGCGUGGUGGCUGGUCUAGCCUCCUGUGGUGUCAUGAUGAGCAUUGUCUCCACCGCUUCUGAUCUCAUGCAGGACUUCAAAACCGGAUACCUAACCCUAGCUUCUCCUCGCUCCAUGUUUUUCAGCCAAGCCAUGGGCACCGCCAUGGGCUGCAUUAUCUCGCCGUUGAUCUUCUGGAUCUUCUACAAGGCUUACGACAUCGGCCAGCCCGGGAGCUCGUACCCGGCGCCGUACGGGCUGAUGUACCGUGGCAUUGCGCUGCUCGGAGUGGAGGGUGUCUCUUCUUUCCCCAAGCACUGUCUAGAACUCUCCAUAGCCUUCUUCUUCUUAGCCAUCGCCAUUAACUCAGUCCGCGAGUUGUUGCAUCGGUUUGAGACUAAGUAUGGGAUGUAUAAGCUCGUGCCUAGCCCCAUGUGCAUGGCCAUUCCGUUCUACCUUGGUGGGUAUUUCGCCAUUGAUAUGUGCUUGGGGAGCUUGAUUCUUUUCGUCUGGCGGAGGAUUAACAAGAGGAAGGCUGAGAAUUUUGCUCCGGCGGUCGCGUCCGGACUGAUAUGCGGCGAGUCAUUGUGGGGUGUUCCAGCGGCUGUUCUGGUCCUCGCCGGCAUCAAAGCACCCAUCUGUAUGAAGUUUUUAUCUGCUUCGGCCAAUUCUAAGGUUGAUUCCUUCUUAGGUGGUUAAUGAAAUGUUUAUCCCAUAACUCAAAAGCUAGCUAGUUUUUUUUUUUUUUUGGGUAGUGACAUACACUGUUUUGUUAGCUAAUUGUUUGGGUGAGCAAUAUUCUAUUUGGAUUUUUUUUUUUAAUAAAUGAAAAAGAGAUUGAUUUUUUGUUUUUUCAUGAUUAUUUCUUAGCAAAAUAUUCAGACGGGCUGUAGUUCUGUUGUUUCUUCAUGAAAUCUUUUUUGAUGUGGACGUUUUACUCCCAACAUCACGAUGAUAACCUUCUUUAUAUAUUUCUCCUUUUUUUUUUUUUCAUUUUUGUUUAGUCAA